AUGGCCGGUCCGUCGCUGUCCCACAUCCUCGAGUCUCCCCAGCCGACGUCAGGACACGAUCGAUUCUCGACGACACUGCCCUCCAUUGCGACGAGGAACGACAGUCCCCCAAACCACCACCUCCCCCACCACCAGCAACUCCACCACCACCAUCACCACCACAGCCAUGGCUACCCCAAUAGCACGCCAAUUUCGACAGCACCGUCGCAUUCCAAACUUGGACCUGCCGUGUCAUCAACAUCACCACUCUCGCAGCAUUCGACAAUAACAACGUCGACAGUGCCAGUGCGACCAGCGCCGGGAUUGGCCCUCCCAAUUGAGUCGACUUCAGCAUUAACACCACACACGUCUUCGCCAGCUCUACUUCCGGCGCCUCUCACAGCCUCCCCGACAACCACUUCGGCGUACAGCCACCAGACGCUGUCUAAUAACUUUGACCACACCCCGUCUCACUCCCAGAGUCACGGCCGCGAUAAUGUGUCUGUCCAGCCAGGUGCAACGCUCCAGGCUUCGCAGAGGUCUCCACCAACAGCCGGCGCUGGCGCAUCGAAGGCAGCGCAGGUAGCGACGCCCACUUCGCAGUCCAACCAUCGUGGGAAUAAUCUGUAUGCCUGCCGAGAUUGCGGCCGGUCCUACUCCAGGCCCGAGCAUCUGGUCCGCCAUGUGCAGACGCACACGCUGGGUCGGCGGUUUGUCUGCGACAUUUGCCAAAAGUCGUUUGCGCGCAAGGACCUGCUGCGGCGACAUGUUGCGAACCACGACAACGACUCGCCCAAAAAGCGCCGGCGCACGACGACAUCGCCAGGUGCCGGGCGAGUGUCGCAUGCGUGUCGGUCCUGCGCGGUUGCGAGAGUCAAGUGUGACGACACCAAGCCGUGCAAGCGCUGUGUUAGUAGAAACCUCAAUUGCGUCUCCACCGAGACUCCUUCGACGGCCGCCAUGCACCUCAUGCACUUAUCAGCCAAUGCGCACUCUGGUGCCCCCAACCCAAGUAACAGUGGAAAUCUGAAUAAUGAUGGUGAUAAGUCGGUCGCGGCCACCCACUCUUCUCAUUCGGCGACGUCGACCAGGGAUUCUAAUUCCCCGGCGCCCUUUACUACCAGUUCCCACCAACCCCGCUCGGUCACUCUGCCUGCGCCUCACUCGAUUGUGCUUGAUGCAGCCCACGACCGCAGCAAUGUGAAUCUACCUCAUUCACUGGCAAAACUGCCCUUCCAAGAGCCAAGGAGCUCCGAGUUCUUGCUGCCGCCAAUUGAGCUUGAGCCCUCCGCCAGUGCAAUGGACCCCAAUCGCCUCCCUUAUGCGGAUUUCUUGCGCGAUAUUCUUCUCGAUGGCUCAGCAGACUCCGGCCGUGGAUCCCACAUCCAGGGUCUAACCGUGCUUGAUUUUUGUGAUCACGAGAAUCUAGAGCUCACCGUCGAGGAUUUGGCAAACUUGGAAGAUGCCCUACAUAGUCGCCAAGCCCUUGCGAGAGCAUGGGGGAAUCCACCAAGAACCUGGGAAGCGGGCAGCCAGGAUAGUCCAUAUGGUCGCGAAGAGUCGUUUGAGCGAACUGUUCCAGAAACUCUCGUACAGUCUGGUCGGGACCGGGUCCUUGCGAUCCUACUCAAUGCAAGCCGCCAAAACCCAAGCCUGAACCGGAUUGUGGGAUCCUUUCCUUCUCUUGAGGUCAUGGACUUCCUGGUUCAACAGUUCUUGGCCUCGAUGGCACGCCAGCCAUACGAUUGGAUUCAUUUCCCUACUCUGAGGCCUGCAUCUCAAUUGCCGGAGUGGAUAGCUAUUGCAGCGGCGGCAGGGGCCGUGUCCUCACCCAUACUAUGCCUCCGCAAAUUCGGCUUUGUUCUCCAAGAAGCAGUUUUCAGGAACCUCAAUUACAACUCAGGUGAGCUUAUUCCCAACUGCGGAAUCGAAAUAGCCAGCAUCCCGCAGCGUUCAUCCUCGUGA